AUGCCGCCUCCAAGGGGCGUCCUGGGUAAAGAUCGAAGACAAGCUCGAGACCGGAGAGUCCCCAAACAUCGGGGAUGUCCGCCCUCAACAGGCGAUGAUAGCCAGGGACCGUCCCCGUGCAGCACGGCCUCUGGGGCAGAGGCGCUACUUUGCGAAGCAAACAGCCCCUCUUCGGUGGGAGGCUUACUUUUACCCUUGCGCUUUCCCGACUACUCACUUGGGGGGCCUCCACAGCGCGUGGGGUCCCCUCAGUAUCCCUUCACGCAAUCAAUGAGCCCAGCGAACGCCGGGGAAAAACGGAGUCUGUCCCUUCCGUUUUGUUCCCCCAUGAGAGGAGGGCUUCCUGAUGGGGAAGUGUGUCAAGGAGAAGGUUUCCUAUCCUCUUCAACCGGCUGUAGUCCAACGAAUGGGGUCAACCUCGAUGGAAGCCUCCUGGGAGAGGCCGCGGCUGCACUCGCGCGGAGGCGCCUCACCACUGGCUUGGGGGGCCAAAGCCCUCACAGGGGCAUGAAGGGGCCUUCUCCAGCUCUCGGUGUUGAAGGCGACGAGGGUGCUCCUUUGUCCGCCAUUGCCGCGUCUUUGGAAGUGCCGCCCAUCAUAGAGGGCCUUCUUGCCUCCAACAAGCACGCGGCGUCUGGAGGAACCGUCGCGCAGAGUCCCCGUUCCCUGCUAUGGCCGAAGCAGGAGCAGCAGCGGCAUCCGCUAGCUGCAGCAGCAGUGCUUAAAGGGGAGAGCGCUGACAAAGGCGAAGUGAAGGACGAGGACGAAGCCACUAGGCAAGGGCCUCAACCCAGCGGCACGCUGAUACGCAUCCCCGUUUCUUCAACCUUCACAGUUACUGAGGAUUCAGACCUCUCCGGAUCCACAGCAGAUGGCGUAUUGUCUUCUUUCGUUGCCGCGGGUUCUCAGCAGCAGCAAUGGCCGUCGGCUAAUUCGCAAGGAUCGCCAGAUGACACCUCGCUUCUUCCAACCACCACCACACCAGCAGCAGCAGCGCCCCCUUCCUGCUGCCCCGCGGUGUCUUCCCCCCUCAUAGACCCGCUAGGUGAUGCGCAGACAACCAGUGUAGAGAAUCAAGGGCUGCCUCCACAGGCACAACCGCAGGAAGAGCAGCAAGAUGUCCUUCCUCGGCAUUCGAAAGUUGCGCGGCGUAAAGACACCGCAGACGCAGCAGUGGCGGCAGGGAGCAACAGCAAUGCAGGCGCUCCGAACGAUACUGGCAGCAGCUCACCGAUUUCAGCUUCAGCGGUAGCUUAUCCGAAAGACGCCGUCACCGACUCCCUAUUUCAGCACCCGACCCCAGACUUUAUUGACUAUUGUAUAAGGAAGCAUCUUCCCGCAAAUCCGAAUCCUGACAACCUCCCAGGCAUUCAGCUGGAAAGGCAGCAGAAGCGUUGGUGCGCCUCAGUCUACUUCCGAGGCAACCAGUUUAAAAAGCGAUUCUCUUCGGGGCGUUGGGGUACCCUCGGGGCCUUUUACGCAGCCAUCGAGUGGCGCCAGGUGCAGUGCCGCAAAUUUCAGAAACUCAAGUCGGUGGGGGGAGCCUCUGGGGGUAGCUGCCUGCUACCCGCCGCUGAAGCCUCUUCUACGGUUGGUACCGCCGGAGAGGAGGCUUCAGCUGCCCCCCCCCUAGACGAUGGAACGGUAACAUUUUUACACCAGCAGCAGCAACAACCUAUGGGGUCCUGCUGCUGCCCAGGAGAGACGUUCUUAGGCUCCCCGAUCACUCCCCCUGCCGCCACUAUGACUCCGCAGCAACCGCCGUUCCAGCCUCUGGACUGUAUGCCUUCCCCCUCUGCUCAGCAGCUGGGCAAGGCUGACACACGCAGCCCCUCCCCUGGUGGUGCUGCAGGGGUGCUACGUCCUCGCCGCAGAAACGCUCGGCGUCGCAACUGGGAGCACCCGCAACAAGCUCCUGACACAGAAGCAGCAGCAGCAGCAGUCUCUCCUGCCACCACUGGACAGUCUUCUCUUCAGUCGCCUCUUACGCCGCCUUGCCCGGCGUUGGUGUCUCCCACUCGAAGCAGCAUGACCAGCCGACGGCGCUCCAGCCAGCUGCGAGGCGCUUGUCGCGGAGGGGGGGGUUCUUCGAGUCCUCCUGGAGGCCCUGGGGCUUCCCCUUUGGCCAUAGAGGACGAAACAGACUUGUCUGCUCCUCCUCCAGCUGCAACAAAAGCGGCAGAUAGCGGCCUGAGAAAACGCGGCAAGCCAGCGUGCUUGGGGUCAGGGAACCUGUUGGCUGCGAGUGCUGCAGCAACUUCGGGUCUCGUCGGCAGCAGCGUAGCGAAUCUAUCCGUUGCCAUGGAAACCUCAACGUACAUCUCUAGUGACAACGGCUACUGGAGUAUCACCCUAAAGGUCCCCUGCGUGGUGGGCACCGCCCAAAGUGGCGCGACAGCCCACCAAAAGUGA